AUGCAGGACCGCGGUUUGCGCAGUAACAUAGACCGCCGUCUUACUGCCGGCUCGAGCUCUUCGGACCAGCAUACCCCCAUCCUCGAGAUUCCAAGACAUGUCUUUCUGUCUCCUGCCCCCCACGCCACCUCUUCAGCCCUUAGCCGUGGGCACUCGCCACACGAUAUCGACCCCUCCUCCCUUGUCGGCCUUGGGAUAUCGAGCAGUGGCGGCCCUUCCCGGCGCGCUAGCAGCACGCCGAGCUCUCGAGCCGAUCCUGGACCUUCGACGUCGGCAGGCAGGACAUCGCCGCCGUAUGCUAAGAAGAAGAGCAAGGAUGACAAACCUGCCGGAAAGGACAUGCGCCGCAGCUGUGCCGAAUGUCGUCGCCUCAAGGCCAAGUGCGACCGUGUCUUCCCCUGCUCCAACUGCCGACGCCGAGGGUGUGCACUUGUCUGUCCAGACGGCGAUCUUGGAUGCAUGCAAGGCAAGCGUCUUGUGCUCGCCUCGACCGAGCAGCUCCACGAACGGAUUGCUCAGCUGGAAACCGCUCUAUUCCAGGUGAAUAGUAAAGUCUCGGCCGCUCCACACCCGCUGCUCGCCCCCGAAUUCCUGGAUGGGGGCUUCGCUUCGCAGCCCCAGCCAUCCACAUCUUAUGUCCAACCCUUGGAUGCAUUUGGGCAGACGAGUGACAUCCUCGAAGGGCUGGCUCUCUCCGAGAACCUCGCAUAUGGCUCCGAUGUCGACUAUGUCGCCGAGGCCGCAGCCACCGACAGUUUCUUGCCAGCGAAUUUUCGGCCCGAUGCUGCUCCUCGUACAGCUGUAAUGAUUCGCUUGCGAGGGAUUCUUGACGCUCGCCCGUCGCGCGAAAAAGCACGAGAAAUUGCCGACCGCUUCUUUUUGGAGUGCGAGUGGUUCAACUUUAUUCUGCACCGAGAAGAGUAUGACGCUCUUUACGAGCCAUCCGUCUAUGCUCCCACCGAGCAUAAUCCUUUGAGCCUGCACAAGCUUGCGUGCGUGCUUAUAGUUUGCGCCCUGCAGCUAUACCUCGACCCGGCACGCGACUUUGACGCUGUCGACGGCAAGGUGGCUCUCUACUGGGAUGCUGCUCAGCAAUGCUUCGACACGCGCUACGGCUGGGCCGCCACAGUGCCGGGUGUCCAGGCGCUUGCUCUCAUGACGUGGUUCGUCAGCUUUGCGCCCAAGGGCGGCGGCGACGUGGGGAAUGGAUCGACGGGCCUCUACUGGCUGCGUCGGAUGACUGCCGCGUGCGAGGAGCUGCAGCUCAACAAGGAGCCGCACCCCUGCUUAUCUUUGGGAGAGGCCAACUUUCGCCGCCGUGUCUUUUGGGAGGCCACCGCGGUGGAUUGCGUGGUCUCGCUCAGUCACAACCACUACACUGGCAUCCCGAUUGAGCAGGUCGAGGUGCGCUAUCCCUCCGACGUCCCGCAGUGGGCGAUCAUGCGCUACGAAUAUAUCCGCACAGUGUCGUACCCCGCCAUUGAACUCGGCUUGCGCCCAGACUCGAACCAGCUAUCGUCGCACGAGAUCCUUGGUCUGGAGGAGCUUCUGGCUCACUACCAACCUGAGGCCCAACCUGCGAUUCAUUGUCCCUAUCUCGUCGGUGAGCCGCUCCCCGAGUUAAGCGCGAGCCCGCUCUUCGACGUGUCCGCCAUCCAGCGGUCGUCUGUCAGCAUGACGCUCUACCAGAGCUAUUGUGAGUGGAUAUUUACAUGA